GACCGCCAUCCAAAUCACAACCAGGAUUUGAUCUUGCCCAGGAGGUGAACCCUGGGGUUCCACACCAAUGACAGAGACAUUGCCUCUGGGUCAAAGCGCCACUGACGGUUUGUUGUUGUGUGUUUAUUUUUAUUUUUGGAGUUGUGAAGGGGAGUGGACCUAUUCAUAGGAGUCACCUGAACAGUUUGUCGUAUAGACACAAACAUGUUAGAUUCAGAGUCUCCAAUAAAUUACCCUAAUCCUAAUUUAAACACACAAUUUAAACACACUAAUAAAAUAUUAGUCCCUUAUUUAUCCCUUAAGGGGAUCUAUCAGUGGGAAACCUGCGCACGGUCUGCUUUCACCUCAAAGAACCUUGUGAGCAGGUAUGAAUCAUUAAGAACCCAGUGAAGACCCACACCGCUGUGCCUCUGGCCCCAUCUUGACCCCAGCCCUGCUAAUGCCCUCCCCUGCGGGCACGGUUCGUGUCGCACACGGAUAAAAUUACCUGCCGAGUCUCCGCACUCUGCUUGGGACAAGUCCUGGCUUUAAUGAGGUAGUCCUCGGUGAAGGGGAGAGGGGCGGGGGGUCCAAAAAGAUUGGCAGUCUCGUCGACCAAUCGUAGACGCGCAGCGCGCUACUCUCCUCCAAUCAGAUGCAAGAAUCACAGAUGAGCUGCAGGAUGGAGCUAAACCGCACCGCAGUCGCAGCACAGAAGCAGUGCUUCCAAUGUCAACGGGGAAGACGAUGUUUAUGUCCAGGUGGAGGAAAAGUGUUUUCAGCGGAGGCUUGUGAAAACAGUCGUCCAUGUAAGGCUCGUGAACGCGUCUGUGGCAUUUAUGGGUCUUUUCCUUAUUCUGCGGAUAGGAUGAUGGCAAGAUGCGUCGGCUCACAGGCUGGAGAGAGAGAGAGAGAGAGAGAGCAGAUGUAAACUGUUGAACGCAGAUUGUCUCACUUGUUGCCCCGUGGCUGCGCCCUGACACUUUCAUCUGUUCAGCCUUUUUCCCUCCAGCCCUUCAUCUCAUCUUCCCUCCUCCUCAGUCUGUGGCCUAUUUAUACCUUGGAGAGUCAAAAGUACCCAUUACUGCUCUGCAGAGCUCUUCAGAGACAACCGUGAGCAUGAAUUCACCAACAUCUUAUCUGUGUCAUCUUCAGCUACUGCACCUUUGCACCAGCGGUCACAGAAAAAUGGCUGGAAAACUGUGAAAUGCAACAAGACAACCUUUUUGCUGCCCGACUGAUUUUUUCCAACAUUUUCAGCAGCAAUUGGGAUUUUGGUGAUCUCGGAUGCAGCAUGUAAAACCAACACAGUUAGACUAGUGGUAUUGAGAUUUGGGCAAAGAAACUGGAUUUUUUCCCCUAAAUGGCUCAGAAAUGUAAAGUAAUGCACUUCCACCCAUGAGUUCACUCCUGGCAGGAUGACUGCUGUCUGCCCCUCCGAGAGCAGCCCAGAGGGGACUGAACCUGGGGCACGGACAGCAGAAUAUAGGGGCUCAGGACGAGCAGACACGGCUGGGAACAGCUCAGUUUCCAGGGCUCAGACAGGGGAGUCUAACGGAGACUCUUCUGGAGGUUCUAAUGGAGGCACGGCUGUAGUCACUAGUGGCCAGAGGUACAGCCGCUGGAGCCGCCAGGACAGUUCUGACAUCAACACAGACGAUGAAGGCGGAACUAUCCGCCGCCUUACACCACUAGAGAAGUUGAACCUGGAUAUGUGCCAGGAUGAAAGGGUUGUCCGAGAUUUAACGAUGGGAAGACGAAUUGGCUUUUAUAAAAUUCGAGGAGAGAUCGGAUGUGGAAAUUUCUCUCACGUCAAGUUAGGAAUUCACGCCCUCACAAAAGACAAGGUGGCCAUUAAGAUCCUGGACAAAACCAAGUUGGAUCAAAAGACCCAGAGGCUGCUGUCCAGAGAGAUCUCCAGCAUGGAGAAGCUCCACCAUCCCAACAUCAUACGCCUCUAUGAGGUGGUGGAGACGUUGACACGGUUACACUUGGUGUUGGAGUACGCCGGGGGAGGGGAACUUUACACCAAAAUUACCACAGAGGGGAAAAUUUCUGAUGCUGAUUGCAAGAUUGUCUUUGCGCAGAUUCUGUCGGCUGUUCAACACAUGCAUGAAAGCAACAUCAUACACCGUGACCUGAAGGCAGAAAACGUCUUGUACACUGGCAACUCUUGUGUCAAAGUCGGAGACUUUGGUUUUAGCACUCUGAGCCGCCGCAACGAGACACUGAACACGUUCUGUGGCUCUCCACCCUACGCUGCACCAGAGCUCUUUCAGGAUGAGCAUUAUGUGGGCAUAUUUGUGGACAUCUGGGCCCUUGGUGUGAUGCUUUUCUUCAUGGUUACCGGCACCAUGCCAUUCAGGGCAGACACAGUGGCCAAACUCAAGCGAUGCAUCCUGGAUGGAGUCUACGUUCUGCCCUCCUGGGUGCCAGAACCGUGCCAGAGGCUCAUCAGAGGAAUCCUUCAACCUAUCCCAUCUGACCGCUGCACAGUGGAGCAAAUAAUGGGCUGUGAGUGGCUGCUCACUGUCGACUUUCCACGAGCGAUGGAGCCCUUCAAGCUCGACCCGUCCUACCUAGCGGAGAACAAUCCUGCUGAGCUCCAUCAGGAGGAGAAGGAGGUGAAAACAGCACUGGAGAUGCUUGGAAUAACUUCAGAACACAUCCUUAACAACCAGGGGAAAGACUGCAGGAGCUCCAUCACUGGGGUGUACAGGAUCUUACUCCAUCGUACUCAUAAGAGAAGGGCUGUGGAGAGUAUGUCUGUUGUCACCAAGGUCUCACGAGCAAACACAAGUAAAAAAGAGCGACUAAAGGUGUAUCGUAGUUUACGGCACACAUCUAAGCUCUGCGUGAUUUUGUAAAAAGACUUGAUAUAGAAAUGAAUUGAUUCACUUAUGUCCAGUUGCAUGGAUUCCAGUAGGAAAAAAACAAGUGCUUUUCAGUGCAGCAUUAUUCAGUAACUUGAAAUCAGGGUAUAACACCAGUCUGUUCCCGAAAUCUAUGAUUUCUUACUCUAGUGUCUGUUUUAGUGAAUUUAGUCUCUGUGAGAAUACUGCUACCAGCAAAUCAUUAUUUUCUCUUUUUUGACAGGGUCAUAAAA